GUUUUGUGCAACGAUCAUGUGGCAUAUUUUUUGUUAUGCAUCGAUUUUGCAUAUUUCCUUUCGCCGUCACAAUAUAAAUGACAUCGCAAUGUUUCACGCUUCUGCUGAAUGCAAGUGUUUAGUCGACUUUGUUUGACACGAGAGUGUGGAUGUCUUCAGUGUUAACGCAGUCACAAGAAUCAUGGAUUUUUUCGUUGGUGUAGACGUGGGAACGGGAAGUGUUCGAGCAGCUUUAAUCACCUCGACUGGAAAAAUAAAGGAGAUAGCUACGUGCCCACUCGAAAUAUUCCAUCCUGCUCCAAAUUUCUACGAGCAAUCUUCUGAUAACAUUUGGAGCGCCUUGUGCCACGUUGUCAAGUCAGUUGUUGCUGGCAUUUCUGCAGAAGAUGUUAAAGGUAUUGGUUUUGACGCUACUUGUUCACUGGUGGCUCUUGAUGAAACUGGUUCUCCUGUAACAGUCAGUCUCACAGGACAGGAAAAACAGAAUGUUAUACUGUGGAUGGAUCACAGAGCACAAGAAGAAGCUGAUUUCAUUAACUCCACAGGCCAUGAUAUAUUGCAGUAUGUAGGUGGCAAAGUUUCCCUUGAAAUGCAAACUCCGAAAAUGCUGUGGCUUAAGAAAAAUUUACCCACUUCUUGGAAUUCUACAGCACUAUUGUUCGAUUUACCAGAUUUUUUAACAUGGAAAGCUACCGAAUCGGAAUCACGAUCGUUAUGUUCUUUAGUAUGUAAGUGGAAUUAUAGCGCCAAUCCUGAUGGUAAAAACGGAUGGAGCGAGGAUUUUUUUGAGCAACUUAAUCUACGCGACCUGAAAAAAGACAAUUGGAAGAAAAUAGGUAACGAUGUAAGAGUACCUGGUGAUGCGAUCGAAUCCGGAUUGUCAAUAAAAGCUGCGGCAGAAUUGGGUUUAUUGAAAGGUACACCAGUUGGAACGUCGUUGAUCGAUGCACACGCUGGUGGUCUCGGCAUGAUCGGAUGUUACGCGCCUGAUGUAUCUUCGAAUUUCUCAAAUCGACUGGCUUUGAUAUGCGGCACUUCUACUUGUCACAUGAUAGUAAACGAGAAUAAGAUUUUCGUGAAUGGCGUUUGGGGUCCUUAUUAUAGCGCGAUGGUACCCGGAUUUUGGCUCAACGAGGGAGGUCAGAGUGCUACCGGCAAGCUACUCGAUCACGUCAUUGAUACGCAUCCUGCGACGCCAGGAAUUCUGAAGAGUCUAGGUGGAAAUAAACAUAUUCAACAGUAUCUAUCUGAACUGUUGCACGUCAUGGCUGAACAAAAAAAUCUACAGAACGUGUCGUAUUUGACGAAGGACUUGCACGUAUGGCCGGAUUUUCACGGUAACCGUUCGCCUCUGGCUGAUCCGACUUUGAAGGGAAUGAUAUCCGGAUUAUCUUUAUCUGUGGAUAAGGAGAACUUAGCGCUAUUAUAUCUUGCAACGGUGCAGGCAUUAACGUACGGCACGAAGCAUAUAAUUGAAACCUUAACGACUGCCGGCCAUAAUAUCGAAACGGUAUUAGUUUGCGGUGGACUCAGUCAAAAUCCGCUGUUCAUUCAAAUACAAGCCGACGUGCUGGGAUUACCGGUUCUUUGUCCUGUAGAACGAGAAUCGGUUUUGGUAGGAGCGGCAAUUCUUGGAGCGUGUGCUACAAAAAAAUAUUCUAUGCACGACACCAUCAGCAGAAUGGCGGGUUCGGCGAAUAUAGUGAAACCGACAAGUGAAUGUUACAAAUAUCACUAUCGGAAGUAUCGCGUAUUCAAGAAAAUGGUGCAGGACCAACAAGACUACAGGGAAUUAAUGAAUGAAGAAUUGUAGCUUACUUUUUACUUUUCUACUUAGAAUAAAUGGGAUAUACUAAGAAUGGGCUGUGCUCAGCAUUUUUACAUCUGAGAGUGAAGAUAAAUAGUAUACAAAUUUUUAUUCGAUAAAAUGUAUUUAUAAUAGAUAUCCUCAAAGUUUCAGUUAAAAUGCAAAUAUUAAGGAAUAAUAGUCAUAAUUAAUAAUCAUAAGCAACAUAGUAAAGUAGCAAUUUUCAUUUUAAAAAAAAUUAUAUUCUAUCGUAAAAAAUAUGUGUAUAGGUUUUUUUCUGUCUCUCCCAGUUUAUUCUACUUUAUCAUGGAAGCAUAAAAGAUCUAGAAAUAAAAAAAUCAUAUAAUCACGAUACAAUAUAUCAUUUUGAGCAAAUCAAAAAUUAUGAUUCCCAAAAUUGUUUUCUUGCAAAAUUCUCGUCAACUAUGUUAGAGACACAUGAUUUGACGGAAGUAUAUAACAUCAACUGUAGUUUUAGAUGGCGUGGAAUUUAAAAUAUGCCUUUGUAUAUAUCAUAAUUUUUAGAAAAGAUUUAUCGGGAAAACGUG